CAUUCACAGCUGUUCUUCUGCCAAAAAUUCCCCGUCAUUAUGCUUUUCCUUUGCCUGUUUCUUCUAACUGCACGGAGUUCAGGUCUCCUGCAAUUUCCUCGACUUCAAGUUCACAAUCAACUUGUGCUCCUUCACAAUGUAGUGGCCAGGCACGAUGUUCAAAUGCUCCUGGCAAUUUUUGAGACAACAGAUGAAGACCUGCCGUAUGCUCCUGACUUGAUCAAUGCUAGCAAGACCGUGUGGAUUUCCAUAAACUCCGCCGAGUUCACACCGAACAGUGAAAUUCUGGCUAACUUGAGCUUCCGGUUGCCACCAUCGAAUAAGAAAUAUGAGCAUCAAUGGUUGAUGUCGUCGAGCCCCAGCAGCCCAAGCGGGUGGAAAAUCUCUGGAGUGGAGCAUUUCACCUGGUGCUACGUCGGGAUAUUUAAAUGUGUUGUUGAAGUUUUGUCUGGGUUUCAAAACCAAAUCUGAUGUUACACGUACACGUAAUGUAAAAUAAUUGGUCGAAAAAAAAGCUCAAAGUAUAUAAUUUCCGCAUAUGUAUGUAGUUGGCAUUUUAACUUUUUGAAAAUUAAUUUGCAGUGUUCAAUUUCAAAUUCCUAUACUAUUAUAUAAUACUUCCAUAGAAAUAUCUAUGAGCUUCACCUUACCCCCCAAUUUUUCCUAUUCCGAUCCCCUACCGUUCACUUGCAAUGAAGACCCAAAUGUGGCGCUUUCCAUUUUGAUCUACCUUGUACAAGCUAGCUAUCUAGUUCUUGGAGUUGUUCUGAAUAUUAUGAUUAUUUAUACAAUUUUUAAAUUGAAAAAUAAGGAAAAAUACCGAAGUAA